UAUUUUUAGCAUAGGAUGUCGCAUCUCAGGGGAUUGGGGCGACUACUAAUCGCCGUGACCUUCUUCACGUGCGGAAUCUUCGUCAACAUUGGACAGCUUUUGCUGAUUAUUCUUGUGAGACCCUUCGACAAGCGACUCUCUAGAAGUCUUAUGUACUACCUCCAUUACUCUUUCUACAGCAUCCUAGUCUGUGUGGCGGAAUGGUAUGCAGGCAGCAAACUGCUGGUCUACAUUGAUCCCGAGGACGAGAAAAGGUUCUUUGGCAAGGAGCACGGACUGUUGCUGAUGAAUCACACUUACGAGACUGACUGGCUAACCGCUUGGAUUAUCACCAACUUCGACCGCAACUUCGAGAAGGACAAGAUAGUGAUCAAGAGUCAGCAGUUUUCCCAUCCGGAUCCGGUGUGGCUGUUACUCAAUGCUGAGGGCACUCGCUUCACUGCCGCCAAGCACGAGUUGUCCGUGAAGUUUGCCCAGGAACGAGGUCUUCCCGUGUUCAAGCACAAGGGAUUCACCACCAGUCUUCCAACCAUGCGGGGCAUCUGUCCUGCCAUCUACGACAUCAACCUGGCCUUCAAGAAGAAUGCUGAGCCAAGACCCACCAUGCUGUCCCAACUGUACAACUGUUCCCAAUCCCAAAAACAGAGCAGUUGGCCAGCGAUCACCAGUGUGAUCCCUACGUGCGAUCACCAUGGAUUGUCCAUGAAAUAA